AUUUUCGCGACACGACACCAACUCGACCUACUCAACAGAGCAAAAAGCUGGUACGUGGAUGCGACCUUCAAGCUGUACCGUCAGCCGUUUACCCAGCUGUUAACAGUCAACGCCUUCGUAAAGGCAGUUGACUACGUCAAGCAGGUGCCGUUGGUGUUUGUCCUUAUGUCGGGCAAACGGAAGCGUGAUUACAGAGCUGUUUUCCGAGAGCUACUAGAGCUGUUACCAUCCCCAGCGCUACGACAAGUCACGCUAGACUUCGAGUGUGCAGUAUGGAAGGUACUUCGACAACUGCUCCCAGACGUCAAACUACUGGGGUGCGUCUUCCAUUGGACUCAAGCCCUGUGGAGGAAGGUUAGUGUCACUUACCAUUAUUUAGUAUAUUCUUGUUUUCUCUAGAAAAAAAGUCAUUAUUUGUUUUUGAAGGCCACAAUUCAAUUUAUUAUUUAUUAUUUGUUAAUGCCGUAUAAAGUUUAAAAAUAUCGCCGUUUGUUGAGGCCACAAUUUAAUUGACUCUGAGUGUGUUUGUUGGUUGUGUACUUUCAAAUAAAUUUAAAGGAGCUGCGUCUCAAUAUUUUGAGUCAUUUAUUCGAUAGCCUAAAUCAUGACAAUUUUUUUUUCAAAAUCAAUGAACGGCGACGUAGCUCCUUUAAAACAAGUCCUCUUCCUUUAAUUUUUCUAGGUGCAAGAGCUUGGCCUCCAGGUUUCGUACAGGGAGGAUCGGGGCACCCAUGCUUUCAUACGAAAGGUCAUGGCUCUACCCUUCCUCUCUUUCCUUAAGCGGAGUUACUACUCUUCUGACCUACUACGAAAUUUAGUACCGCGGUGUCAAUUUUCAAGACAAUAUGCCCUUAGGGUAGGAAAAACUGUGUCUGUACCUACCUCCUCAAGAUCUGUUAGAUUUGGAAAUUUUUGUACUAUUAAAUAUCAGAAUCAUGUGUAAUAUACUUAACUGCAAUUUAUCUUAUUACUUAUAGUAUUUAAUGUUUACACAAUAUGUAAUAUUUAUAUUUAAUUGAUAUCUAAAAUAGUUCUAUGUAUGCAUAAUGUAGAAGUAUUUGUAAAUUAUGACCCGCCUUGUAAUUCAGUUUCUACUACAAGAAGGCUGAAUAAACGAUCAUCAUCAUCAAGAAGAAGACAUCAGGCCGCAGUUCCAGCGCCUCCAGCAAACAGCAAACUCAGCACCUCUUCGCCACUUCACCGACUACGUAUCGAGAACCUGGAUCGAAAGCAACACCUGGCCGCCAUUCUCUUGGUCAGUCUUUAUGCAGUCGGUCAGGACCAACAAUGAUGUGGAAGGUUGGCAGCUCGGUCUGCACACCAGAGCCCAGGGCAAGAGCCAGCUACCCAUGUACUUACUUAUCGACCUGCUCUACAAAGAAGCCAAACUAACUUCCCUGAACGUGCGUAUGGUCUCAGAAAAGAAACUUCGACGAGUUCAGCGGCGCAGAUAUCGUCAAAUCCAGGCUAAGGUAUUUUCACUGUGGGGACAAUAUGAAGAGGGCGACAAGACGGCGAGAGAACUUCUCAAGGCUUGUUCAUUACUUGUUGGGCCGAGAGGCGCUUAA